GUCCACCUGUAAAAUCAUGGGAUUUAAAAUUCCAUAUAGCAGUGACAACGAUUAGGAACCAUAUCAACAUAGAGAAAUUUAUUACUGAUCGAACUCAAUCUCAAUCUAUCGAAUCUACUAGAUUCAAUACGGUUCCUUCUAAUAUAAUUAUAAAGGAAGUUAUAUUAGAUGAACUGUAUAGGCAAAAGAGCAGAAUACAUUUAGAGAAAGUUUUAAAACAAUAUGAAGAUGUGUUAGACGAGAAAUGGAAAGAACCAAAGGAUAGAAUAUGUGGAGAAUGGAUAUAUACUAAAGAAGAGGGAGAAUGUAGAAAUAAUGAAAUUGAUAAAGUAGUACUCCAUAUGCAUGGCGGCGCAUAUUGUAUGGGCUCAGCUAAAAAUGGUAGAACUUUUACAUUUCAAUUCGCAGAAAAUGCUAAAGCACAAGUUUUUUCAUUUAAUUAUCGUCUCGCGCCAGAAAAUCAAUUUCCUGCUGCUCUUUGUGAUUCAGUUGCCGCAUAUCUUUAUCUUAUAAAUCCUGAGCCAGGUGCUGGAUUUAAACCGAUUAAUCCUAAAAGAAUUGUAUUUGCGGGAGAGAGUGCAGGAGGCGGUUUAGUACUUGGAACACUCUUAUUUUUAAGAGAUGCGGGACUACCUUUACCAGGUGGUGCGAUUGGAAUGUCGCCAUUGCUAGACUUAACUCAUAGUAUGCCAUCUUUUUGGGAUGCUGAAAUAAAUAAGGCCGAGGUUGUAGAUAUAAUAUUUAACACACACAAAGUUUGGCCAUCAUCACCCAUCAUGGACGAAUAUAAUGCUAAUGUUAAGGCUCUAUCCGAUAAAAUUUCCCAAAAAAAGCCUAUCAUCGUCGGUCAUCCCUCUUUCACAGAAGUACCUCGUUUUCAAUUUUAUUGUGCUAAUGAAGCAUUAGCUAUUUCUUAUGUUAGUCCUAUGCUUGCAGAGUCUUUGGGAGAUUUACCACCUAUCUUAUGUCAAGUUGGAGGAGUUGAAAGGUUUCGUGACGAAGUAGUAUUAUUUAGUCAUAAAGCGACAGACCCUCAUAAAUAUCAAUUACCUUCAUAUGCAACUAAAAAUUUUGAUAAGUCACCUUUUAAGAAGCCUACUAAAGUUAUACUUGAAGUUUAUGAUGAUAUGCCUCAUGUCUGGCACAUGUUCACUUUUUCUAAAUCUUCUCAAGUAGCGUUUGAACGCUGUUGUGAUUUUAUAAAAUGUGUCACUUCUAUAGAGGAUAACAGUAAUACUUCCAUGAAUGAUCUUCUUAAUGAAGAGGUAGCAUCUCCCUCUAUUUCUAUUUCACCCUCAUUUAUUGCAAUGAGAGUUGGUACAAAUGGUGAAAUCAAAGAAUUGAACGAAACUGACCGGGAUUGUCUAAAAUGGGAUAAAAUUGGCGUAGUACCUAAAGAAAUGUAA